AUGCUGCUUAAUGAGAUCAACACAGAAUUUCACAUCAUAAAGGGGGACAGUGCAGAGGUCACUAAGGAACAUGAUUUCAGACAUAUUCAGAGAGUAUCCAGGACACCAGCCACAACAGAGGUGCGAAUACAAUACUAUGAUGUCUUUAAACGCGUUUGCAUGCAGGACAAACCCAUUAGAACUGUGCUGACAAGGGGAACAGCUGGUAUUGGAAAAACGGUCUCCGUGCAUAAGUUCAUUGUGGACUGGGCUAAAGGAAAGGACAAUCAGGAUAUCCACUUCAUAUUUCCACUUCCCUUUCGGGAUCUGAACUUGAAACAGGAGAUAAAACUCAGUCUGAUGGAUCUACUUAGUCAGUUUUUCCCAGAUACAAAAAUACUAAGAGUCACUGACUAUUUCUCUUACAAAGUCAUGUUCAUCUUUGAUGGUCUGGAUGAGUGUCGACUUCCUCUGGAUUUCGAGAACAAUAAGGUCUUCUGUGAUAUAACAAAACCAACCUCAUUGGAUGUUCUGCUGACAAACCUCAUCAAAGGCAAUCUGCUUCCCUCGGCCCUCAUCUGGAUAACCUCCAGACCAGCAGCAGCCAGCAUCAUCCCCCCUGAAUGUGUUGACCGCCUGACAGAGAUACAAGGCUUCAGUGACCCUCAGAAAGAGGAGUACUUCAGGAAGAAAAUUAGUGACCAGACUCUGGCCAGUAGGAUCAUCACACACAUCAAAUCAUCAAAGAGCCUAUGUAUCAUGUCCCACAUACCAGUCUUCUGUUGGAUUUCAGCCACUGUUUUAGAGAGAAUGUUAAGCGAACCAGAGACUGGUGAGAUCCCAAAUACUCUGACUGAAACGUACACACACUUCCUGAUCUUUCAGACCAAACAGAGAAAUCCGAAGUGUGACGAACAUGAGGGGGGGCCACACUGGAAUAAAGAGAACAUUCUGUCACUGGGAAAACUGGCUUUUCAGCAGCUGGAAAAAGGCAACCUGAUCUUCAGUGAGGAAGACCUGAGGGAGCAUGGUAUUGAUGUCAGAGAGGGAUCAUUGUUCUCAGGAGUGUCUACCCAGAUCUUUAGAGAGGAGUUUGGGUUGUACCAGGGCAAGGUGUACUCCUUUAUUCAUCUGAGUGUUCAGGAGUUUCUUGCUGCUUUGUUUGUGUUGCUGUCCUUCAUUAACAAAGAUGAAACAGAUCAACUUUCCAGUCUCUUCAACACUGAGACAAUGUCAGACUUACUGAGGAGUGCAGUGGACAAGACCUUAAAGAAUAAGAAUGGACACCUGGACCUUUUCCUCCAGUUCCUUCUGGGUCUCUCACUGGAGUCCAAUCAAAGUCUGUUACAAGGUUUACUGAUGCAAACAGAAAGCAGCUCACAGAGCAAAGAGGAACUAGUCAAAUACAUCAAGGAGAAGAUCAGGAAGAAUCGCUCUCUGGAGCAAUCCAUCAAUCUUUUCCACUGUUUGAAUGAACUAAAUGAUCAUUCUCUAGUGGAAGAAGUACAGAAAUAUGUAAGCGGUGACUGUAACCAUCUCUCCAGGGUGAGUCUCUCCUCUGCUCAGUGGUCAGCUCUGGUUUUUGUGCUACUGACCACAAAAGAGACACUGAACGUAUUUACCUUGAAGAAAUAUGGUUCAGAGGAGUGUCUUCUGAAGAUGCUAGCAGUGGUCAAGUCAUCCAGAAAAGCUGAGCUGAGUGACUCUAAGCUGACAGAGAAAAGUUGCGAAGCACUGGCCUCAGUUCUCAGUUCAAACUUCUCUUGUCUGAGUGAGCUGCAACUGAGUAACAAUAACUUGCAGGAUUCUGGUGUGACACUGCUCUCUGCUGGACUGAUGAAUCCACAUUGUAAAGUGUCAAUACUUUGGCUCAGAACUUGUAAUCUCACAGAAAAGAGUUGUUCAACUCUGGCCUCAGUUCUCAGUUCAAACUCCCAUCUGAGACUGAUGGACCUGAGUUAUAACAAUCUGCAGGAUUCAGGGGUGAAGUUGCUCUCAACUGGACUGGAGAAUCCACUUUGUAAACUGGAGAAACUGGGACUGAAUGGUUGUAAACUCACAGGGAAAAGUUGUGCAACACUGGUCUCCGUUCUCAUCCCAAACUACAGUCUUAUGGAGCUCACCCUGAGUGAGAAUAAUCUACAGGACACAGGCGUGAAGCUGCUUUCUGUUGGACUGGAGGAUCCUCAAUCAAAAAUGGAGACACUGGGACUGAACAGAUGUAAUCUGACAGAGAAAAGUUGUGGAGCACUGGCCUCAGUUCUCAGAUCAAACUCAUCCAGUCUGAGACUGCUUCACCUAACUAACAACAAUCUGCAGGAUUCAGGAAUGAAGCUGCUCUCUGCUGGACUGGGGGAUCCUCACUGUAAACUGGAGACGUUGUGGUUGUGGAACAACAGUAUAACACAGGAAGGCUUUGUUGCUCUGGUUUCAGCUCUUAGAUCAAACCCCUCACACUUAAGAGAACUGGAUCUGAGUGAGAGUAAACCAGGAGACUCAGGAGUGAAACAACUUACAGCUCUACUGAAGGAUCCAAAUUGUAAACUGGAGAAAAUGAUGCUCUACAAAUGUGACAUCACAGAGAAAGGUUGUACAGUUCUGGCCUCGGCGCUUAGCUCUAACUCCUUUCUGAGAGAACUGAACCUCAAUGGAAAUAAUCUGCAGGAUGCAGGGGUGAAGCUGCUCUCUGCUGGCUUGAAGAAUCAGCAUUGCAAAUUAAAGUUGUUGGGACUGAGCGGCUGUAACCUCACAGAGAAGAGUGGUGCAGCUCUGGCCUCAGUUCUCAGCUCAGACUCCUCCAGUCUCAUACUGCUGAACCUGAGUAACAACAGUCUGCAAGAUUCAGGAGUGACGCUGCUCUCUGCUGGACUGGAGGAUGCACACUGUAAACUGGAGACACUGAACCUGUGUAACUGCAGUAUAACAGAGAAAGGCUGUUCGGCUCUGGCUUCAGCUCUGCAGUCAAACCCUUCACACCUACGGGAGCUGGAUAUGCGGCAGAAUAAACCAGGAGACUCAGGAGUGAAGCUGCUCUCUGCUCUACUGGAGAAUCCACACUGUAAACUGGAGACACUACCGUGA